GCUCUUCCGAGGCGGGGGAAGCGGCGCUCAGUCGGAAGUGACGCACGCGCGCGUUCGGCGAAGUGGCGGCGUUUUAACCAGUUUAGCGGUCUGGUUCGGGUUGUACACUUAAUCACCGCCCGGGAGGAGAUUCCAGAAUUCUGGUGCUUUGCCGAAGGGAUCCAAGCCAGUGUGCCGACCUUCCGGUGCAGACGAGACAGCCGAAGCUCCGCCUGCCGAGACGCCGGGAAGCCGGGACAGGGCCAGAGGGGCGUAGAGGAAAGGGGCCCGCGGGCCAUGGCUGCACCUUCCGGGGUGGGUCCCGCGUCCCUGCGGUUUGUAGCUGCCGCCAGCUGGCUGGUUGUCCGCCAGCGCCGCGUGGAGCACUUCCCCAAAGUGUUAGAGUUUCUGCAGUCCCUGCGCGCUGCCGUCCCCGGCUUGGUUUGCUAUCGACACCAUGAACGCCUGUGUAUGGGCCUAAAGGCCAAGGUGGUGGUGGAGUUGAUACUGCAGGACCGACCCUGGGCCCAGGUCCUGAACGCCCUGGAUCAUUAUUUCCCGGAGUCGACACCAGUACCGCUGGUUCCUGAAGGCACAAAGCAAGACAGGAAGAUUUUGGAGGCGCGGGAAAAUUUUUGCCUGCUUGUGAAACAGUUGUCGAAGGCUGAGGAUUUGGCUUCAAGCCUGCAAGAACUCGAACAAGACUAUGGGGAACCUUUUCUGGUUGCCAUGGAAAAGCUGCUAUUUGAAUACUUGUGUCAGCUAGAAAAGGCACUGCCUGCAGUCAAAGCACAAGAGCUUCAGGAUGUGCUAAAUUGGAUUCAGCCUGGCUGUUUGGUCACCGAUUCUGUUGCUAUGCACCAGUAUGGUAUGGACAUGGGAUGGCCAUUUCCAGAGAGCUCUGCUUCUGGCUCAGUGAAUCCGCCUGAACCCAAGGAACAGAGUCCUCGUCAGCAAACAAAACGAGCACUCCACAGUCCUCUGCUUAAAGCUAAGCUUGGCCUUCAUGGACCAGUUUCACAAGAACACCCAGAACAUCUAGCUGGCAACCGCUUUAAUCUGGCCCCUCUAGGACAGCGAAAAUCCCGAUCACAGUGGACAUCUUCGAAGGGAUGCCAUAAAGAGCGGCCCACCGUCAUGCUGUUCCCAUUUAGGAAUAUGAACUUACCAGCCCAGGAUUUAUCUAACCCUAAAAGUAGGGAAGAGCAUGGACUGGACACAGCAGGCUCUAUGGGUACACAAACAGUCUCCAGAGGAAAGUCUAAGACUCCACCUCAGACCCUCGGGAAAAGGGCCCCAGAGGAGGAUCCACCUGACUCAGAUGCUGCAGAGCAAAAGGAGAACUCUAUGAAUUGCUACAUGGAUCCUCUAAGACUCUCAUUAUCACCUCCUAGAGCCAAGAAACCAGUGCAGUUCCCAUCACUGUGUAGCUCUGUCAUUACCAUAGGGGACUUGGUUUUGGACUCUGAUGAGGACGAAAAUAACCAGAAGGAAGGAGAGGAGUCUCUGAAAAACUAUCAGAAGACAAAGUUUGACACCUUUAUCCCCAUGUUUUGUGACUACAUGCCUGAGUCCUGCCUAUUCCUUCCUGGCAAGAUAACCAAUUCUAGGGUCCUGUAAUGGUUCUGGAAUGUCCUUUGCAUUCUGUCCAUCUACCCCUGCAGCUCUGCAUGUAGUUUCGUGGGAAUGAAGAAGAAACCCAGACCUGAGUUGCCUGGCUACAUUGCUAAAGCCUUGCAAUGCUUGAAAAUUAAAACUUGAGUGUGUUA